AUGGAGGUGGCAACUGAAUUCGUACGGCCUCCGAGCUUAGACUCGGACUCAAGUGGGAGCGGCUCCACCGUACGAAGCAAAAAACUUUGGAGGAGGAACUCGCGCUCAAGGCACAGUUUGUCGCAAUUCACCAGCGACACCGACGAACCAGCGCCAAAGUCGCAAACGACUGACAGCAGAGGGAGAGGACGCCCGCCCUCAGUCGGCAAAUAUGUCGGCUUGAGGAAAGCUCAGCUCGAGCGGGAUAAGCUCCAACGCGAAGAAGCGAAGAAGAGGGCCGACAAGGAGCUGGAGGACCGGCUCCAUUUCGUCAAGUCGCCGAUCCUUCCCAAGGCAUCAGAGACUGAAGAUGAGGACCGACCCGUGCUGAGGGAAGACCUAAGACAGUGUGUCCAGGUAGUACGAGCAACAGUGAGGAAAUCUGGCAACCUCAAAGGAACUUCCCAGAAGGCACUAAAUUGGGUCACGAAUAAAAUUGCCAGGUUUGUUGACCAACCUGAGUCCGCUGUAAUCGCUCUUCUCGAGAGCGAGGCAAAGAAGUGGCAGGAGAAUUGUGCCCGGCUCGAGGCAAACAUGAAGACCAUCCAGGAGGAGAAUACAGCUCUGAAACGACGCCUCGAAGAGCUAGAGGCGGCCGCCAAAGGGCCGUCUACAGAGGAGAUGCUGGCGAUGGUCGAAGCGAGGGUCCAAGCCCGGAUGGAAUCUAUCCUUAUGGGCCCGGCGCAACGGCCGCCGCUGGCACACGAGAAGAAGACCACUCCCAUAGAUGUUGAACUCCCAGUGAGCGACGGUUAUGUUGGAGGAACCCACGCCAAGCCGAGGAAGGAGAAAGGAAAAGGAAGGGGAAAAAAGACAGCCCAGCCCGCUCCGGCUCCCGCUCCUGCUCCCACUAUCCCCGCUCCCAUUGCUGGGCCUUCCAGCGCUCCGCCGCAAGCCGUAGCGGGCCCUUCUACAGCGGCGGCGUCGACACCCACGAUGGCGCCAGCAACUGCGAGAAGUCGAGAGAAGAGCGCCGCGCCUGCAAAGAAGCCGGCACCAGGCUCCAAGCCGAAGAAGAGUGGGAGAAAAGAUCCGGCAGGUCAACCUGCGCCGGAGCCCCGUCCGCUGCCGCCGGCCCCUGCCACAAUGGAGACGCCAUGGGUGGAGGUGGCCAGAAAGAAGAAGAAGGGAAAAUCGACAGCGACAGCGCCAACAACAACAAGCGUGCAGCCGCCAAAACCUUCGCGCCGGAAGGAACCCAAACUGCGGCCGCCACGAUCUGCGGCCGUGGUAAUUUCGUUGACACCGGCAGCCGUGGCAAAGGGUCUGACGUACAAGGGCGUCCUCACGGACGCACAGAAUCGCGUGGACCUCACCGGAUUGGAUAUAUCGAGGUUAAAGCCGAAGUUCACGGCCACGGGCGCCCCGAUGUACGAGGUGCCCGGGGCCAAUUCGGAGGAGAGGGCCAACUCCUUUGCCGAGAGGCUGAGGGAGUGCUUCGGAGAUUUCGGGCGAGAAGCCCAUGGAGGUGGCCCGAUCACUGUGGCCACAGGGGUCGAUAGCGACUCGAGUGGAAGUGUCUCUUCCGUCCGGAGUAGGAGGCUCUGGAGAAGGCAUUCCCGCUCGAUCGACAGCUGGUCGCUCAACCUAACCAGCGACACCGACGAGCCGGUGCCCAAGGCGCAGACCACCGACGGCCGAGGGAGAGGACGUCCUCCUCCGAUCGGUAAAUACGUCGGCCUCAAACAGGCGCAGAAGGAGCGCGACCGACUCAAGCGCGAGGAGACGAACCGCCCGGUCACGAAAGAGGAUUUGAAGAAGUGCGGGCAUGUGGUGCGCCAAUUGUGUGCCACAAAUCCGGGCAAUCUUAAAGGGAACGUCCCAGAAGGCCCUGAACUGGGUGACCAACACAAUCACCCAGUACAUCGAGGACAGCCGCAGUCCGCCCUCAUCGCUCGCCUCGAGAGCGGAAUCAAGUGGCAGGAGCUCAGUGCCCGCCUCGAGGCCAAUCUGAAAACGGUGCAGGGGAAGAGCACUUGGCUCUCGCCGCGGCUCGAAGGGUUGGAAGCGGCCACCAAAGGGGGAGAACCGCCUAUAGAGAUGCUGCUGGCUAUGCUAGGUGGUCGAAGGCCAGGGUCGAGGCCCGGGCUGGAGUCGGCCCGGAUGGGGCCAGCCCAAGGCCCGCUCUGGCCCAUGAAAGAAUAG